AUGACAUCGAGAAGACAUAAGUACUUUAAUGAAACAGAUUUAAAGAUAUACAUCAUAGGGGAUGAGGACUCUGUUGUGGGCUUCUUACUAGCUGGCAUAGGCUUUCGGGAUGGCCUAGGGAAAAAAAAUUUCUUCAUCGUGACUUCAAAAACGAGCAAAACAGAAAUAGAAGACGUAUUCAAGGAAUAUACCUCAAAAAGUGACUGCGGAGUUAUUCUCAUGAACCAACAGGUGAGCACACAAGGGAAGAAAAAGUUCAAUGCAUCAAACAGCCAUAAGAUUGCGGACGAAAUAAGAUACCUGGUUGACCAGCACGAUAAAAUCCUGCCAACCGUUUUGGAAAUUCCGUCCAAAGACAAACCCUUCGACCCUAAUAAAGAUUCGAUCAUACAGAGAGUGAAGCUUUUUUUCGGGGGAGAUUUAUCAAAUCUGAAGUGA